CGUGCCGCAAGCUUCGUCGAAUUAUCGAACGUGUUGCCACGGACAUGGAAUUCGUUGUACACUGUCAUCGACGAAUACAAAUCGUCGUUCCCCCGGCAAACUCCGUUGACAGUCUUAUGCAACGGUUGCUGGUCGAGUCGUUCAUCACGGAUAUGUGACGACGUUGACGAGGAAGGCCCCGCGAUAUUGACGUUCGUUUCGAGUUCGGUCUUCGGUCUGCUGGCGGACAGACUAGUUUACCACCUGCGACGCAGAUGUGAACCGUUUCAGAUUCAGGUUUAUAAAACGGGUAGGGCCGAUUUGGUUUCCGAACUGACGGCACGCUCGGCGCUCCGAAGACGGAAGGCAACCGAAGGAGCGGUUGGUCAUUAA